CUCACAGCUCAAUCCCCCAUCGUCGCCCGCCACCAUGGGCUUCCGAACAGGCUAUGUGAUCACGUCCCUCGGCUUUCUCUCCGGCGUCCUCUUCAUCGCAUCGAUCUAUGACUUCCCUCUGAUCUACUCGACGCCCUUUGACCCUCAGUCGGCCAUCGUCGCCGAGCAGUUCUACCUCUCUGCCUACAAGGGGCCUGGAGCCAUCGCUGCAUUGCUUCACGGCAUGAUGGCGCUGGGCGUUGUCGGUCUGCUGGCUAAGCUUCAUCGCUGGUCAGAGACGGCAAAGUACUUUGACGGGUCGUGUGUGGCCCUCAUGGUAGGAGCCAUUGCCAUGUACGGUGUGGUGAUCAUCCCAAACCUCAAGCUCCUCGCCGACCCGGCAAACGUCGCCCUCCUCAACCGCUCCUCAAUCCGCACAGAACGCGACGCCUACAUCAAGCACCAGGGCGGCACCCCUCCCGAUUUCUACACUGACCCAUUGACCACCGAGGAGCGCAUCUCAGCGCUGCGCAUCAUCGCCGCGACCAACACGAUCAACAUGGUCCUUCUCGCGGGUAUUGCGCUGCUGCAGGCUACGGAAGUCUGGAUCGAGGAGAAGGAAAAGAGGGAGGAGCAGAAGGCGAGGAUGAAUGCUGCCAAGGAACUGAGUCAGCAAUUGAAGGAGAGUGAAGGGGCGAAGAAGGAUCAGUGAGCGGCAAAGGGGAGUGAAAGCGAGGUUGGAGCGAACGGAGCGACGUUAGACAGGUUGUGAGAAGACGAACGUGAAUUGGAGUGUGUAUCUUGCAGCAUUGUUGUACAGAUGGGUCCGAAAUCAAGUCAUGUAUACCUGCGCAGAGCGAGCCAGGUGUCCGGCUCUC